CGCGGAAUUGGCGGUUGCUGGGUGGAGGCCAGGGGUGGAGUCGCUGGGGCUAAAAUCAUGCCUGACAGUGAGAGGUUUCCUGAGCACCAGAAGCCGCUAGGGUUGGGAUGAAAGAAGCAGAGCAAAUGCAAAACCUGGAGAGCGCGGGGGCCGGGCGGUCAGUCGGCACCCAGACUGGAAGCAUGACGGGUCAAAUACCAAGGCUUUCUAAAGUCAACCUUUUCACUCUGCUUAGUCUCUGGAUGGAACUAUUCCCAACAGUAGAAGCCCAAAGACAGAAAUCUCAGGAAAAGGAAGAGGGAAAACACGGACCCUUAGAAGAUAAUGAAGAGAUGACCAGAGUAUUUACUGACAAAAAGCAGGUGAAGAAAACUGGGCUUGUGGUGGUGAAGAACAUGAAAAUUGUUGGUCUCCACUGUUCUAGCGAAGAUUUACAUGCUGGGAAAAUUGCUGUUAUUAAACAUGGGUCGAGGCUGAAAAACUGUGAUCUUUAUUUUUCCAGAAAACCUUGUUCCGCUUGUUUGAAAAUGAUUGUAAAUGCCGGAGUUAACCGAAUUUCAUAUUGGCCUGCUGAUCCAGAAAUAAGUUUGCUUACUGAGGCUUCUAAUUCUGAAGAUGCAAAGUUAGAUGCCAAAGCAGUGGAAAGAUUGAAGUCAAAUAGUCGGGCCCAUGUGUGUGUCUUACUGCAACCUUUGGUGUGUUAUAUGGUGCAGUUUGUAGAGGAGACCUCUUACAAAUGUGACUUUAUUCAAAAAAUUACAAAAACAUUACCGGAUGCUAACAUUGACUUUUAUUCUGAGUGUAAACAAGAAAGAAUAAAAGAAUAUGAAAUGUUAUUUUUGGUUUCAAAUGAAGACAUGCAUAAGCAAAUACUGAUGACUAUAGGUUUGGAGAACCUGUGUGAAAAUCCAUACUUUAGCAAUCUAAGGCAAAGCAUGAAAGAGCUUAUCCUACUUUUGGCCACAGUAGCUUCCAGUGUGCCCAACUAUAAACACUACGGAUUUUACUGUGGCAAUACCGAACAGAUUAAUGAAAUUCACAAUCAAAGUUUGCCACAAGAAAUUGCAAGGCACUGCAUGGUUCAGGCCAGGUUAUUGGCAUAUCGAACUGAGGAUCAUAAAACAGGAGUUGGAGCAGUCAUUUGGGCAGAAGGAAAAUCUCGAAAUUGUGAUGGAACAGGUGCCAUGUACUUCAUAGGAUGCGGUUAUAAUGCUUUUCCUGUUGGAUCUGAAUACGCUGACUUCCCACACAUGGAUGACAAACAGAAAGACAGAGAAAUAAGGAAAUUCAGAUACAUUGUACAUGCGGAACAGAAUGCCUUGACAUUUAGGUGUCAAGAAAUUAAACCAGAAGAAAGAAGUAUGAUUUUUGUGACAAAAUGCCCAUGUGAUGAAUGUGUACCUUUAAUUAAAGGUGCAGGCAUAAAACAAAUCUACGCAGGAGAUGUAGAUGUUGGAAAAAAGAAGGCAGACAUUUCUUACAUGAGAUUUGGGGAACUUGAGGGUGUUAACAAAUUUACUUGGCAGCUGAAUCCAUUAGGACCUUGUGCUCUUGAACAAAACAAGACUGAAAGCAAAGAGAAUGGUGUGUUGAGAUCCAGACCUCCAGCUGAAGAACAGCACCAAGACAAGAAGCUGUGUCUUGGAAACCACUAAGAAGUCCUGUCUGAACUGCAGUGAAGACCUGAAGAAUUUUUAUUGCACUUUUAAAAUUCAUCUUUGUUAACUUAGAAAAUAAGGAUGGAUUUUGUGAACAAUUUAAAAAAUAUUUUAAGGAAGCUAAUUUAUUACUAGCGUAUGAAUGAUGUUAAUGAGAAUAUUUUUAUUUUAGAUUUUUUUGUGUUUUCCAGAAUAUAGUACUGUGUUCUUUUGUUACACUAAAUGAGGUGGCAAUAUUUAAUGAGACCAGUUUGAUUGCUAAUAUGUAUUGAUUUCUUCUUGUCUUAGCUUUAUAUUAACCAAUUUGAAAAGGAACUGGUUCAGUGAGGUCACUUCUCAGCAGAAAUAUUAAUCCUGGGCCUCCGGUGGCACAGCAGGUUGAGCACAGUGCUGUGAGGCUGUCCGCAGCCUCUGCAGCGCUGGUUCCAUUCCCUGCCGGCCAGGGAGAUUCCCACAUGGCGUGUCAGACCUCUCCUGUCGUGCCCGCUGCUCCCCUCAACAGUGUAUUUCGGUCCUUCUGCCUGUUCUGCUCCCUACUCUGUCUCUGGUGAAUUCCCUCCCACGCCUCUGGCCUGUACCCCAGUGCUUGUAUAAAUAAUAGAAAAAAUCUUAAAAAAAAAAAAAGAAAUAUUAAUCCCUUUGGAUUAUGAAGGUGACAAAUGCUCCAGGGAAAUAAGUGAUGACUUAGCCAUUUUUAAGAAUCAGUAUAUGGCUCACCAAAGGUUCACUUUUAUACCCAAAGCUUUCUAAUAAUCAGAAUUUAGAUUACUUAAGAAUGAAUCAUAAAAAUGAAGUUGGUGGAACAUGGUCUUCAUUAUAAAACUAUGUUGCUAAAAAGGGUCAUUAAUUUUUCGUAAUUCUUUUGAUAUGUAGAAAUUGUAUUGAUUUGUUGAACUUGGAUGUUUUAUCACUGAUAUGCAUAGCAAUAGAAAAAGAAUGUUAUUCUGAAUAGUAUUACCUUUUAAUGUCACUGACUCUUGAAAUCGCUCACAAUGAACCUCAAAUUUCAUUAUGAUGUUAACAGAGAAGAAAUUUGUAGUCUGAAAUAUUGAAACUAGUCUGUUUAAUAUCCAUUCACAAAUGUCACCCAUUUCUCCCCUCCAUGUAAUUAACACAAAGUGUCUCCUGGCUUUUAAUGGAAGGGCUUUUAAAAACAUCUGCAGUGUGAAAGUCUUGAAAGUAGACAUUAUAGUCAGUUCAGUUACAUUUCAAAUUGCUCUUCAUUUUUAGGAACUGAGAGACUUUUGUAAAAUAAGUCCAAAACUGAAAGUACAAGUUUUAUAUUUUCCUAAGUGAGGGAGGGAGUUACAGUGACCCAAGGCCCACAAGCCUGGGGCAGACAUUCUGAGGAAUGAGUCCUUAGGCUGAACAGAAGUAAUCAGGUUCGCCUCUACUUCUGUCUCCUUCCUUUCCAUGGCAUCACAUGACCUUGUAGAAGUGGAGGGCUGGAGGAUCCAGGAGUUUGCAGGCAAACAGUGGUGAUAAGAUGAACUUCUGAGAGAGGGUAUUGGAGAUAGAUGGUCACACUGUAAAGUAGCAAAGAGACAUGAUUGGGGACCCACAUAAGAACUGCUGAAGUGAGAGCCCUGGACUAGCAAUAUUGACUAAGAUCUUGAAAUUCAAAAGUCAAGAGACUUCAUCCCUUAGCCUGAAAAAUCAGAAUUUUGAGUUAAAUUCAAUGUCUCCCUUAAUUUCAAGAUUAGGAGGAUAAUAGUAAAUUCAUAAUUUGAAAAAAAGAAUUUUUUUAUUGGCUUUUGGCUCACAGGAGGCCAAGGUGCAACUUUUCUUCAUUUGUCUUAAAUUUGAGUUUGUCCAACACUGGCUGCCUCCACCAUGCCCCCUACAUUCCACCCCAAUGAGAUCAAAGUCAUAUACCUGAAGUGCACCAAUAGAAAGUCAGUGCCAUGUCUGCCCUGGCCCUCGAGAUUGACCCACUGGGUCUGUCUCCAAAAAAAAAAAAGUUGACCCACUUGAGAGCAAUUGGCAAUUAUUUAAUGUUUUAGUAUCGCCAAUAGUGGCCGCUUGGCUUUGGCUGAGUUUGCCGCUCUUGCUAUUUAGGAUUAAGCAUUCAUUUAGUACCUUUAUUUCAUGUGUAAUUUUUUUUGCUGUCAUUUUAAAUUAUAGCAUAUUUCAGACAUAAAAAUAGUAUAAAGUGAUCGUUACAGCAAAUACUCAUCUAUCUAAUAUAUAGAAUUGAUACAUGUUAGCACUUGGAGUUUUAUUCAUAGGUUACUCAAUUUUCUUUUGAGUUCUAAAUUAGAGCCUUCUUUUGUAUCCUUUCUACCUUUGUUUUCAAGGGCACAUCUGAAUUCCUGCCAGAAUGUCCGUGCUCACUGCAGGGCCGCAGUGUUAAGUCCAACCAAAGACCCUCAAACGACCAUUACCAAGAGUACUAUGGCUGCACCUGCUGCCAAGACAGACUUUAUAAGCAGUCCAUUUUGUUUACUUUAUUACCUUUUGUCUGUAAAUAUCUUUAUUCUCCUUGGAAUAAGAAUGUGAUGUUUUUUCCUCACAGAAAAAGAAAACCAGCCUUUCUAGCCCAGGUGACCUAGUUCUGGUGAGUGGGCCAGUUUAUUGAGCCCAACUCUUUACAGUUAUUCUAACUUCUUUGUAGCUUACAUUUUGGUCUUCUGCCACGUGUCGCGCCAGGGCCUAACUUGAAUGAUGGUGGACUGCCUCAGCCCCCUAAGCGCCACCUAAAUUAUGACUCAGUCACCUUUAUAACUUACUGCCCCUGGAACCCAGGUAGCUGUUAUCGUUGGCCAACAUUUAAAUGUGUAGAACCAUUGAUUCAACUCCAGAGGCCCUACGUGCCAAAUUGUGUGCUAGGUUUUCAGCUUAAAAUGGAAACAACGUAAUUGGCUUUGGAGACUUUCUUAAAUAGAGGGAAUUGAAUUUUUAUUGUCAAAUUUCAUAAGUCUAAUUUUGAGAAGUUUAAUAAAUUUGUUCAAUAGCAGAGUGAAACCCAUCUUUAUAUUGUGGAGUGUGUACCUUUACCUCCUAGCACAAGUUAAAGCUAUGAGUAAUUCAAAAUUCUAUCUGAAUGAUAUACUAGUAGACCUUUGAAUGACAUUCUGGAGUACUUGUACUGUCUUGACUUGAGUUUUGUCCUUUUUUUUUAGAACACACAAAAAAUCAACAGACAUGAGGGUUUCUCAAACUUGGACAGUGCAGACAUUUUGCUUCAGAUGAGUCUCUGCUGUGGGACAUUGUUCUGUGCAUUGUAGAAUCUUAAACUGCAUCCCCAGUCUUCUUCCACUAGAUGCCAGUAGCAACUCCCUGCCCAGUAUGAAACCAAAAAAAACGUUCCUUAGGGGGCAAAGUUACCCCUAGCUGAAAGUCACCAACACAAUUAAGUGAGUCAAAGCGUGUAUUUUGCUAUAGCUGCCAACCCCAUGUGAGACCUGAGGCCUUUCCAUUUAGUGUGACUGUGACACCUAAGGCAUUUUUUAUGGUCACAUACCAGCCAUCAAGAGGAUGGGAUUCCACUGUAUCAUCUUCAAAUGUCUUAAAGAAAUUAGAUUUAGGGUGGAAGAGUAAAAAGCAGUUUUGCAAUCUCCUCCAAUUUGAAUGUAGGGGGCCAGAGUGGGUGGGGUGGGG